UUUUGCCAUGGAUGCCUUUCCAUUUGGGUGCUGACAGGGGAGGCAGACAUGCCGAGGUGCCAGGCUGAUCCUGGCUGCAGUCUCCUGCCUGGAGGGUGCAGUGACUCUAGCAUGCUGUGAGCUAGCUCUGUGCUCGGAUUGAUGGGGAAUUGGUCCAGGAGCGCUUCGCGUGAUUCCAGUGGAGACUGCAGACUGAUUCCAUUCAUCUCGUGAAAAGGCAGCAGAAUAUAGAGUAUUAGAAAUGAUGUGUGAAGUAAUGCCGACGAUAAAUGAGGACACCCCUAUGAGCCAGAGGGGGUCCCAAAGCAGUGGCUCCGACUCGGACUCUCACUUUGAGCAACUGAUGGUGAAUAUGCUGGAUGAGCGCGACCGUCUGCUGGAUACAUUGCGUGAGACCCAAGAGAGUCUAGGACUGGCCCAGCAGCGAUUACAAGAUGUCAUAUACGAUAGAGACGCACUCCAACGCCAGCUGAAUUCUGCGCUGCCCCAGGAGUUUGCUGCACUGACAAAAGAGCUGAAUGCAUGCAGGGAACAGCUUCUUGAAAAAGAAGAAGAAAUUUCAGAACUAAAAGCAGAAAGGAACAACACAAGACUUUUAUUGGAACAUCUGGAGUGUCUUGUUUCAAGACACGAAAGGUCCUUGAGGAUGACGGUGGUAAAACGCCAAGCACAGUCCCCCUCAGGUGUUUCCAGUGAAGUGGAAGUUCUCAAAGCUCUGAAAUCUCUUUUUGAGCACCACAAAGCUCUAGACGAAAAGGUAAGGGAACGGCUGAGGGUUUCUUUAGAAAGAGUCUCUGCACUGGAAGAAGAACUAGCUGCUGCCAACCAGGAGAUUGUUGCACUGAGGGAACAAAAUGCCCAUAUCCAAAGGAAGAUUGUAACAGGGGAAGGAGCCGAUGAGGAACCUAUUGAAGGAAUGGAGCAGGGGCAGAAGGUCCAUGACAAGAGGUUAUCCAAUGGCUCUAUAGAUUCCAAUGAUGAAGCCAGUCAGAUGGUUGAACUUCAAGAACUCCUUGAAAAGCAGAACUAUGAAAUGACUCAGAUGAAAGAACGAUUAUCAUCAUUGUCAACUCGAGUUGGAGAGGUUGAGCAAGAAGCAGAAACAGCAAGAAAGGAACUAACAAAGACUGAAGAAAUGAAUGUGAAGUAUCAGAGAGACAUUAGAGAGCAAAUUGAAUGUUCGUGCCAUUCCAGAAGAAACGCUAUGGCUCAGAAAGAGGAUAUGGAAGAGCGAAUCACAACACUUGAAAAGAGAUAUCUUAGCGCCCAGCGAGAAGCUACGUCCAUUCAUGAUAUGAAUGAUAAGCUGGAAAACGAACUGGCAAACAAAGAAGCUAUUUUACGUCAGAUGGAAGAGAAAAACAGACAGUUGCAAGAACGUUUGGAAAUGGCUGAACAGAAAUUGCAGCAAACAAUGAGAAAAGCGGAAACUUUGCCUGAAGUGGAAGCAGAACUGGCGCAGAGAAUAGCAGCCCUCACAAAGGCAGAAGAAAGGCAUGGUAAUAUUGAGGAACGAAUGAGGCAUUUGGAGACACAGCUUGAAGAGAAGAAUCAAGAACUUCAGAGGGCUCGACAAAGAGAGAAAAUGAAUGAAGAGCACAACAAGAGGCUCUCUGACACAGUGGAUAGGCUUCUAACAGAGUCCAAUGAACGGCUGCAGUUGCACUUGAAGGAAAGAAUGGCUGCCCUUGAAGACAAGAAUAUUUUACUACAGGACUCAGAAAAUUUCAGAAAACAAUUCGAAGAAUGUUUACAUGAUAAGGAACGGCUAGCAGAAGAAAUUGAAAAAUUAAGAGUUGAACUUGACCAGAUGAGGUUGCGCACUGGAUCUUUGUUAGAACCAACAUUAACAAGGCCCCACUUGGACCCAUCUGUGGACUUGAGAUACUCUGUGAGUUCGCUGGUAGAUAGUCAGCCGGACUAUCGCUCCACUAAAGUCAUUAGAAGGCCACGAAGAGGGAGAAUGGGAGUAAGACGAGAGGAACCUAAGGUUAAGUCUCUAGGAGACCAUGAAUGGAAUCGAACACAACAGAUGGGAGUCCUUAGCAGCCAUCCUUUUGAAAGUGAUACCGAGAUGUCUGACAUUGACGAUGAUGAUGAUCAUGACACAAUCUUCAGUUCCAUGGACCUUCUGUCACCUGGUGGGCAUUCUGAUGCUCAAACACUAGCCAUGAUGCUUCAAGAGCAGCUAGAUGCCAUUAACAAAGAAAUCAGACUCAUUCAGGAGGAAAAGGAGUCUACGGAACUUAGAGCUGAGGAGAUUGAGAACAGGGUAGCCAGCGUUAGCUUGGAGGGACUUAACUUGGCCAGAAUUCACCCAGGUACCUCUAUCACUGGUUCAGUGACGGCUUCAUCCUUGGCGAGCUCGUCACCUCCAAGUGGACAUUCCACCCCCAAGCUUACACCACGCAGUCCAGCAAGGGAGAUGGAUCGUAUGGGAGUAAUGACACUACCUAGUGAUUUGCGGAAACAUAGAAGAAAGAUUGCAGUUGUAGAAGAAGAUGGCCGUGAAGAUAAAGCCACAAUAAAAUGUGAAACCUCCCCUCCUUCAACACCGCGUGCUCACAGAAUGACUCACACUCUGCCAUCUUCAUAUCACAACGACGCCAGGGGAAGUCUGACUGCAUCUCUGGAACCCGAUGUCCUUGGUCUAGCGACUACCAACAGCAGUCAAGACUCUCUCCACAAAGCUCCAAAGAAGAAAGGGAUUAAAUCCUCUAUAGGACGGCUUUUUGGUAAAAAAGAGAAGGCAAGACUCGGACAGCUCAGUAAGGAAUUUGGCCUCCAAGGAGGUUUCAUGGACAUAGACCCUGGAGGACAGGACCCUCUGGGUCUGGGUAAACUUGGCACUCAAGCGGAGAAAGACAGAAGACUCAAGAAAAAACAUGAACUUCUAGAGGAGGCCAGAAGAAAAGGGCUACCAUUUGCACAGUGGGAUGGGCCCACAGUAGUGUCAUGGCUUGAGCUAUGGCUGGGAAUGCCAGCCUGGUAUGUUGCAGCUUGUCGUGCCAAUGUUAAAAGUGGUGCCAUUAUGUCUGCAUUGUCGGACACAGAAAUACAGAGAGAAAUCGGGAUCAGUAACCCCUUACAUCGAUUGAAAUUACGCCUUGCUAUUCAGGAGAUGGUCUCCCUUACAAGUCCAUCAGCCCCUCCAACGUCCAGAACCCCGUCCGGUAAUGUAUGGGUUACCCAUGAGGAAAUGGAAAAUCUUACAGCUCCUACCAAAACGAAAGAUUCAGAAGAAGGCAGCUGGGCACAGACCCUGGCAUAUGGUGAUAUGAAUCAUGAGUGGAUUGGUAAUGAAUGGCUGCCUAGCUUGGGUUUGCCUCAGUAUCGAAGUUACUUCAUGGAAUGCCUGGUAGAUGCUAGAAUGUUGGACCAUCUGACCAAGAAAGACCUGCGAGUGCACUUAAAAAUGGUGGAUAGCUUUCAUAGAACAAGUUUGCAAUAUGGAAUUAUGUGUUUAAAAAAGUUAAAUUAUGACAGAAAAGAGCUGGAGCGGAGAAGAGAAGUAAGCCAGCAUGAAAUAAAAGAUGUUUUGGUAUGGAGCAACGACCGUGUGAUCCGCUGGAUCCAAGCAAUAGGUCUUAGAGAUUAUGCAAACAAUAUUUUAGAAAGUGGUGUGCAUGGUUCUCUUAUCGGUCUGGAUGACAACUUUGAUUAUACUAGUUUGGCAUUAUUACUGCAGAUCCCAAUGCAAAACACUCAGGCAAGACAGAUCCUGGAAAGAGAAUACAAUAAUUUGUUGGCGCUUGGAACUGAAAGACGCCUUGAUGAGAGUGAUGACAAAAACUUUAGACGUGGGCCCUCCUGGAGGAGGCAAUUUCCACCUCGUGAGGUCCAUGGAAUCAGCAUGAUGCCAGGCUCUUCAGAAACACUGCCAGCAGGAUUCAGAUUAACAACAACAUCCGGGCACUCACGGAAAAUGACAACAGAUGCAGCUGCCCCUUCAGGAAUGCAGAGAGUAGACAGCUCCACAGUCCGGACAUACUCAUGUUGACAAAACUAAAAACAAUAAGAGCAAAGCACUGAGUUGCAGUGGCCUCUUUUAACUAUCUACCUGAAGUGCACUACCUAGGAGGGCUGCAGCCACGAGAGAACACCUGGGUGAUGCCCGGAUAACAGAAUGAGCACUGAAUACAAAACUAAAAUGUGAAGAUAUUUUUUAUGUACUUACUGCAUAAUUAUAUAAUUAGUUUAAGGAAAAAAAAAAAAAAAAGAGAACAAACUAUCAAUAUAAGAAGGAUAUCCAUGAUCCUUAGAGAUUUAAAUGUGCACAAAUUAAUGGGAUGGAACAAAGUUGUUUUUAUGUUCUGUUACAUCUGUUUUCCUUGUAAUAUACUAGAAAUAUUUAAGUAUUUAAUGUGUAUUUAUUUUCCAAAGUGUAAGUCUUUUAUUUUCUGAAGUGUAAAUGGUUAUAAAUAUGUUUUUUUAAUAAAACUUAAAAGUUGAAGAAGUCUAUGUGGGAAGAACUGACAAAAUAGCAUUGUUAAUAUUUGUACCUUUCCAUCUCACUGUUUUUACAGUUUUUUGGAUUGUAACAGUCAGUAUGUUUAGCAGUUAGACGCCUCAACAUGUUUCUCCUUACGAGCCUCUGUAGAUACAGCUGAAUACCUGCCUUUGGUACUGUCUGGUAUAAUCUGGCUGUGGAGCCUGAGUGAACUUUCAAAGGCGCCUAUAGGUCAAACACUUGGAAAAGCACUGUGACGGCUCUUCCAGUAAAGAACUGUUUACAUAAGUUAAUAGCAAUCGAAACAAAACAAUCUUUGUAAAUCAAAGUCAUUAAAUAACUAAACCUGUGGACCAAGAAAUUACUUUGCUAUACCGGGAACAAAUUUUGCUUUCUCUCAUCGGUUUAGAUGACAGCCUCUCAGCAUCCGGCUUUUCUAUGUACAAAACGUACUCAAUACCUUUAUUCAACUAACUGGCGCUUUUAGAAAACAUAUUUAUUGUUAUGCUCUUAGCCAAAAUGGCCUUGUGAAGUUCAGAGGAAAUAACUGAAAGACAGUGUAAACUAUGCAUACAUGUUAUAUCUCACUACAGAUAUAAUACAUAUGUAUACCGGACAUAUCACCCGUUGUGGCUUUAUUUGUUGUAACAACCCGUUGCCGCUUCUUUAAUAGUUUCUAUGGACAUUACUAAGUAGAAUUUAAGAUUAUUUGAACUAUUUGCCAACCUCUGCUGCCUCACUUCCGCCCAAAACUGUCUUUUAGUUAUUCCAUUAAAUAACUGCACGUUCAUAAACAUUUAUUUAAUUGUCAGAUCCCAUUUUUAACCAAUGAAAGUUGGAAGUUUAUGGUGACAAAUGUUUUUCUUUCCAUUGUCAAUAAAAAGGGAAAAAACCA